CCCCUGAGACCUGGGGCUUGGCCCGGGACUCCUCAUUCCAGGGAGGGAGCUGCUGUAGACAAGGAAAGCUCGAGAGAGGCUCUCGGAGCAGCUGGAGACUCCCUGGCACUGAGAAGCUGAAACUGGGACGUAGCACGCUGUGCCAGCACGUCACCCAUCUCCCCCUGGCCCUGGGGGCUUCGGUGGUGCCCUGUGAGCUCAACCUGCCUGACCUGCUGUGGGACACGUCCCUGCAGAGCUCCACCAUCCAGCCAUGCUGCACUUCCUCUGGGACAGCAUCUCCCUCCAGACAUUCCUCAUCUUCCUCUUCAUCUUCCUGCUCAUCGCAGACUACAUGAAGAGCAGAAAUCCAAAGAAUUUCCCUCCCACCCCCUUCCGCCUUCCCUUUUUGGGGCACAUCUACCUCAUGGACUUCAAAGAUCCUGUAGCCACAGUGGGGAGGCUAACUAAAACAUAUGGUGACAUCUUUGGCCUGCACAUGGGCAGCAUGAAGAUUGUGAUAGUAAGUGGGAUGCAGCUGGUGAAGGAAGUGCUGGUAAACCAAGGGGACAAGUUCAUGGACCGUCCUGACAUUCCCAUUGAUGAGGAGGUCUUCAGCAAGAUCGGACUGAUCUCCUCCAAUGGGCACCUGUGGAAGGCACAGAGGAGGUUCACCCUGACCACACUCCGAAACUUUGGCUUGGGGAAGAGGAGCCUGGAGGAGCGCAUCCAGGAGGAGUGUCGAUUCCUCGCGGAGGUGUUUAGGGAUGAACAGGGGAAUCCUUUCAACCCUCAGCUUAAAGUCACUAAUGCUGUUUCAAAUGUCAUCUGCUCCCUCAUCUUUGGCAAUCGGUUUGAGUACCAUGAUGAGGACUUCCAAAGACUGCUGAAGCUGAUGUAUGACAUUGCUGUCCUCCACGGAGCUGUCACAAGCCAGCUGUACAACAAUUUCCCAUCUAUAAUGAAGUACUUACCUGGAGCCCACCAAACCAUUUUUAAAAACUGGAAGUUACUGAAAAAAUUUAUGCAAGAGCAGAUCAACAAACACAAGAAGGACUGGAACCCCUCAGAGAGCCGGGACUACAUCGACAGCUACCUGCUGGAGAUCUCCAAGGGCCAUGACAGUGACACCUUCCGGGAGGAACACCUCAUGGCCUGCACACUCGACCUGAUGUUUGCUGGGACUGAGACCACGUCCUCAACCCUCCGCUGGGCUCUGCUGUUUAUGGCCAUACAUCCAGAAAUUCAAGCCCGGGUGCAAGCUGAGAUCGAUGCAGUCAUUGGUCAGGCACGGCCGCCAGCCCUGGAGGACAGAAACAACCUGCACUACACCAACGCUGUCAUCCAUGAAGUGCAGAGGAAAGGCAACGUUACCCCUUUCAGCGCGCCAAGAAUGGCAACAGAGGAUGCCUGUGUGGAUGGCUACUACAUCCCAAAGGGCACUCUUAUAAUGACAAAUUUAACCUCUCUGCUGUUUGACAAGAAUGAGUGGAAAACCCCUGAUGUUUUUAACCCUGAGCAUUUUCUGAAGGAUGGGAAGUUCUGGAAAAAUGAGUAUUUUCUACCAUUUUCCAUGGGGAAGCGUUCCUGCCUGGGUGAGCUGAUGGCCCGUUCCGAGCUCUUCCUCUUCUUCACAUCCCUGCUCCAGAAAUUCACCUUCCAGGCACCCCCGGACACCACGCUCAGCCUCCAGCCCAUGACAGGCAUUGCAGUAGCCCCACAUCCCUACAAGAUCUGUGCUGUGCCUCGCUAGGGAAGCCUUGGCCACCAUCCUCACAUGGAAAAUCCUUGGUCAGGGGUGCUGAAAACAAGCCCUUGUCAGCCCCAGGGGGAGGCUGGGUGGUUUCUUUCUUUCAAAGCAAUUGCAAAAUCUUUUUUUUUUUUUUACACAAGUAGACCUUGUACUCUGUAUCCCAUGAUGAUGUGAUUGUAGGAUCUGCCUGGGAGCUGACAGGGCAUUAUUAGGAUUGCACGAUGGCACUGUAAAUUAAUGAGGGGCUUAGGGAUUUCCUAAUUUUAUGAGGGAUGGCCAUGGUUCACCUUGGCAAAAUGAGGGACAUUUUAGAUUCUGCACUGUUGAAGCUGUGGCUGGGUUCAGUGGGAGAGCAAUACCAGCCUUUGUUUUAUAAUGUUAACACAAGUAUUAAUUUGACAUUUCCUUAAUAUGUACUUCUCUUA